AUGGUUGCCCUGUCCCACCUCAACCAGGACCGCAUCCCUCUUGAGUUGUCGUCAGAGCUAUCUCAGCCUCAAGAUGACGAGUUUGGUGACUGUACCACUGAGACUGGUACUCUCCUGGAGCAGGCCGCCGACCUGAUCGACAAGGAAAUCCACCUCAUCCGAAUUGCAGACGGUUACGAUCAAACCUGCGAUAUCGCGUUUUAA